ACGUCACGUGACUAGAAACGGGAUUUCAAUCUUGGCCGGGAAAUGUGUAUUCGCUGUCAAAACAUUUAGAAAUCUGUCAAAAAAAGAAAUUGACAGUUAUUCUAAAAUUAAUAUUCCUAGUGAUGUUUUGAUAUAGUAACCAUGGCAACAGUUCAGAAGAAACCUAGGAGACUCCCAAAAAUACGUCAAGACGAAAAAGAUGAGGAAGAAGAUAAAGGUAGAACCAGGGGUAGGGGCGCUGCAGGAAAAAAGGUACCAAAUCCUCCACCAGGUCGGAAAAGAGAGUUACCGCCUUUGCGUAGAGGUGGGAAACGUGGGGAUGUGGAAACCAAGAGCAUGGUUGAUAUGGGGAGACGGUCUCCAGUGGAUGUGGAUAAUCGAACAUCACUAACAGCCACGCAUGAUGCUAAAUCAUGUUUCUUCUACAUAGACGAUGACUACACUUUCAAGCCAGUUAAAGUGGUUAUUCAUCCAAGAAAAUAUAAGAAAAUAGAAACUGUUGCACGAGAUCUUUCUGUACGUAUGAGAAAGCUUCCAUUUGGUGUACGUAGUAUUCAUACCCCAAGAGGUCAACACAGAGUUCAUAAUUUAGAAGACUUAACAAAUGAUGGCCAUUAUGUAUGUUCAUCGAAUCGUAAAUAUGCGAGAGGACUUGAUAUCCAACGUGUACAAUCUAGAUACGUCUGGCACACUGUUAGACCAGACAGUGGACGUAGAGGGUAUAAUAACCUCUUGAGGGAAUCAGACAUUCGCAGUGCUAAGAAUAUAGCAGGAUUUAGGCCAGGAUAUGACUUGUCAAAGGUUUAUUCACGUGUAACCCCAAAGAACACUAUUGUGAUGAAAAAUGGAGAACCAACAAUCAAACAUUCUGUGUUGCUGAACAGGAGAACUGCACAAACAUUUGAACAAGUGUUAAAAGAUUUAAGUCAUGUGUUUCAGUUUGCUGUUCGGAAAUUAUACACAAUUGAUGGCACACCGAUUGAUGGUCUACAGAAACUGAUGAAUGGACCGGACAGUGUGGUUGCUGCUGGGACUGAGCACUUCAUUCCUUUGGGCAUGGACGGCAACAUCCAGAGCCGGACUCGUACCCGCAUGAGCAUGGGAAGCCGGUUCAGUAUGCAAAGUAGAAUGCAGAAUAAAAGAGAAAGACUUGCCAAAACUAAAGGCCGAUGGAGGGUAACGACAAGAACUAAUGCCUUACCGUCUGCAGGUACCCAGGCUCAGGUGACAAUUACUGUAUAUGGAAACAAGGGAAAUUCUGGGCCCAUUACUCUCGGUCAUGGAGAUGGUACAAAUUUCCAACCAGGACAGGUUGAUGAUUUCACUAUAUCUGUUGGUAAUGUAGGAGAAGUAUACAAGAUACGUCUAGCACAUGAUAACUCUGGAGACUUCCCAGGCUGGCUUUGUGAUGAGGUAUACAUGCGUGAUUUGGACACUAGCGAGGAGUUGAAUUUCAGUUGUCGUCGUUGGCUAGCAAGAGAUGAGGAUGAUCAAGAGAUAACGCGAGAGCUGGCCGUAAAACGUCCUGGAGAUCCUAUACUGCCGUUGAUUAAAUAUCAAGUUGAUGUAAUUACUGGAGACGUGUGGGGUGGAGGUACAGAUGCCAAUGUUUACAUUACCAUAUAUGGUGACAGAGGGGACACAGGAGUCAGACAACUCUAUGCUGAAACUAAAGGGGUUUACUUCAAACAAGGACAGCUUGACUCAUUUGAAGUGGAGGCAGUGUCGCUAGGUCACUUGAAGAGAUUAAUCAUAGGGCACGAUGGAACAGGACCAGGUGCUGGCUGGUUCCUAGACAAAAUCAUCAUCAGGGAACCACCUUUCAGAACCAACCAGGAAUGGGUGUUCCACUGUGGAAAAUGGCUGGAUGAAGGGGAAGAUGAUGCGAAGAUUGUACGGGAGCUACGGGUACAGGAUGAAUACAUGGAUGAUAUCUUAGAAAAACGAAACUGGGAGUAUGAGAAGUGGAAAUACCAGGCAGACUGUCAGAUUAUAUUGUUCUCUGUGAUGACUGGAAAGGCGCUCAGGAUGAGCAGGGACAUGUCAGUAGAUGGUGUUGGGGAGGAAAAGGAUAAAUAUGCUGUGUUUAAUGUAAAUCCUAAAAAGGCAAUGCGAACAAUGUUGGCUAGUGCAGAAGUUGGCAACCAUUUCCUUGCAGUUGACAAUGGUAGAAUCACAGGACAUGGCAAAGGAGGUGCAUACUGCGAGUUACGUAUACGGGUUCAGCAAGACCGUACCACACUGUUCGAGUCUGUGAAGAAUCCGCUACAGUUUUUGACGAUAGGGGCUGAUGGGUCCACUGGUGACCCUAGAGGACUACUUGAUAAGGAGCCAUCUAGAAGGUUUUAUGUCUACGCAAAGGGAAUGUUCCGACACAAGGGAGUGAUUAUGUUUGGCACAUCAUUGUUGCAAGCAGUGAAUAUUGUUAAGGAGAACAAUACGCUAACAGGACGAGGAAAGCGUGGCGGUCCACAAUCUCAGUUCAGAGUACACAAAGUUAGUCCUGGAGGCAUUAGAAUGUUUGAGAGUGUUGCUAAUCCAGGAAAGUAUAUUCGACUCAGGGAUGGAAAGAUCGAUUGUCUGGGAGACAGAGGAGAAGAAUCUCAUUUUCUUAUCCUACGACACAAGGACAAGGGUUAUGUUACAAUUCAGUCUGCUUCACAACGUGGACUCUUCAUUGGAAUGACUACAGAUGGACGUAUACACACGACUAUAGAUACAGGGGUCAGGAAUAUCUGGCUUUAUCCAGAGGUUGUUGAAUGGGGAAUGCCCAAGAAGAAGAGCACAGAGGUUUAUGAAGAAGAGGGGGUGCAGCAGCGCAUGCAGCGGGAAAUUACACCUGAGCUAGAGCCCAUAUCAUCUGUAGAAACUCCAAAACCAGUCAGCCAAUUUGCAGAAGAGACAGCAGAUGAGGAAGUUGAAGAAGGCGACUGGAGUAUACAUGUCAGCACAAUGUCAGCAUUGAAAGAUGGAGAUGUGGCAUUGAUUGCCUAUGGUGACAAGAAUGGAGUUACUGAGAACAGUGGACCAAUCAUAUUAAGUGGUCCUCCAGGACGUCCCAUCUUCCAAGUUGGUAAUGAGGAUGAAUUCAGGGCUAACUUACUGAAGAUUGGUAGAAUGUUCAAGAUAAGAUUAGAACUAAUCCCGAAGGUGUCAACAAAAGACCCGAGUUGGCGGGUUAAGGAUGUCCGCAUGCAGGACCUCAACACUAAUGAAGUGCUCAAGUUCAAUUUUGAGCGUUUCCUCUCUCGAGAUGAAGAAGAUGGGGAAAUCAUGCGGGAGCUGCCGGUUCAGAGGCCUGGAGAAAAUGUUCUACCUGUUCAUCAUUACAUGGUGAUGGUGUAUACAGGAAAAGAGGACUUUGCAGAAACUGAUGCCCCUGUCUAUAUCACUGUGCAUGGACAGAAAGGUGAUUGGGGCAAACGGUACCUCCUUACCUCAGACACUGACGUCAAAUUUAGGAAAGGACAGGUUGAUACGUUCUACGUUGAGGCAGUAUCGCUAGGUGACCUACAGCGUUGUGUUAUAGGUCACGAUGGAACUGGGGCUGGGGAGGGCUGGUACCUGGAACAAGUUGUGAUCAAAGAAGACAGACUUUCAACAGAGGAAUAUGUGUUCCCUUGUAACAGGUGGUUGGACAGCGGAAUGGAAGACAGGAAAAUAGAACGAGCCCUCAUGGUGAAGGAACCAUCUCCUACUAAAGUUAGAGUGAAAGCCCCGCCCUCCGCACUCGACAAGAUCAUCGAAGAAGAAGCUUCCUCUGCUUCCUUUGUCGGAAAAUCCCCAGCUCCAGAUUCUACAAGAGAGGAAAAAUCUGAAGAGAAGAAGGAAGAUACAAUAACAGAUAAAAGGAAGUAUGGCCUGGAGAUUGUGACCGGUCAGGAGUCGGAGACGUCAAAUGGCGGUAAAGUAAAUAUAACCCUGUAUGGGGAGAAGGGAAAAUCAGAACAGAUCACUUUGUAUGCUACAGAUCCAGCCAGUAAAACAUUUGAGCCUGGGAAUAUAGACCAGUUCCAAUUGGAAACCCCAGACCUAGGAGAUCUGUACAAGGUACGACUAGGACGUGAGGAUUCAGACAAAUGGAACAGAUGGUUUCUAGAGGAGGUAAGACUGACAGAUGAAAUAACGGAAGAAAAAAUGGUGUUCAGUUUUAACCGCUGGUUAGCACGAGAUACGGAUGAUGGUGAUCUAUGCAGAGAAUUGCCAGUCUUACGCACAGGGAAAGCUAUACCAAUGGUACAAGUAUACCAAGUACAGGUGCAUACUGGUGAUCAUUGGGGUGCAGCUACUGAUGCUAACAUGUAUAUUACCAUAUAUGGAACAAAAGGAGAUGGCGGGAAAAGACUACUGCACAAAUGUGUUAAUAACAGAGUGAAAUUUAGGAGAGGCCAGUUUAAGGACUGGAUUGAUACAAAGGUGGACACAUUUGAGUUUGAUAUAGUUGACCUAAAUGAACUGACCUCUGUGGUAAUAAGUCAUGAUGGACGUGGUCACGGGGCAGGUGUCUUUGUUGACAAGGUGAUUGUAAAGGAGAAAGACACAGACAAAUCACACCUACAGUAUGUGUUUGCCUCUGGAAGAUGGCUGGAUACUAAUGAAGAUGACUGCGUUACAGAGAGGACCUUGAGAAUGAUAGAUGUGAUUGAUACCAAUAAACCACCACCACCAAAACAGUCCAACAAAUCUUCUGGUUCCUGGUCAGUUACGAUAAAAACCAGCAAUAUGGAGAGAGCAGCGACAACAUCUAGGGUGUACCUGACUGUGUAUGGAACCAGUGGUCACUCAGAGAAACUUAAGUUAACAUCUGGUGAUAGCUUCACACAGGGAGCAGAGUCACAAUUUCAGAUACAGACAGGUGAUAUUGGUCGUAUGACAAAGAUCCGUCUGGAACAUGACAAUACUGGUGCUAAUCCUGACAUGAGGGUUGACUAUGUGAAGCUGGUUGAUGCAGAUACUGGUGAAGAAUUGGUAUUUUAUCUUGACCGUUGGUUAGCUUUAGAUCGUGAUGAUGGAAACACAUUACGAGAAAUGCCAGUUAUAAGGAAGGGAACACCUUGUUUACCAGUUCUGCGAUACAUUGUUGCCGUAACAACAGGAAGUUAUAAGGAUGCUGGGACAGACAGCGGCAAUGUAAGCAUUAAUGUGAUUGGUGUAGAUGGAGACACAGGACUGAGAGAGUUAAAUGGAGCUAUCUCAAAGAACCGUCUUCCAUGGCAGUCUGGACAGACAGAUAUUUAUGUUGUUGAAGCAGUGUCUGUAGGAAGAGUCAAGAAAAUAGAACUGAAUUUAAACAGUGCAGGUCAAGAUCGCUGGUAUGUGCAGCAAGUGGGUAUAGCUGAAGGAGCGAGGGCAGAUUCCCAGUUUGUUGUAUACUGUCAUCAGUGGUUAUUGUCCAGUGAUGCACAAGUCACAGAGUUUCCAGUAGCAGAGAUUCAGCCAUCUACAAAUCUGAUAGAGACAUUAGAAUCAAUACCAAAAGGACUGGAGAAACCAGUCCGCAGUAAAGGGAAGUGGACAGUCUAUGUGCAGACUGGUACACAGAAUGAUUCUGGUACUAAAGAAAAAGUUUGUCUGGUUCUUUGUGGAUUGAAGGGCGAAUCAGAAUCAGUGUGUGUCAACUCGAAGGAAGAAUUAAAUCCAGGAUCUCUAGUCAGAUUUGAGGCCAAGGUUGGAGAUAUUGGUUUAUUGUUCAAAAUCCGUGUGUAUUUCAAAGACAAACAUCAGGGAUCAUCAUGGUUCCUAGCAAAGAUGAAACUAAAAGACCAUGACACAGGGGAGGAGUUUAUUUUGGAGCAUAAUGAUUGGAUAGAAUCAACCAAUGAAAAUCCAGAAGGUGCUUUAGAACUGCCUCUUUCACGACCAGAUCUCCAGCCAUUAAAAGAACAAAUUUAUAUCAUAACUGUGAAGACUGGGGAUUUACCACGAGCUGAAACGGAGGCUAAUGUAUUCUGCAAUUUAAUUGGUCAGUGGGGAAGCUCUGGUCAAAGGUCACUGUCAGUUUCAACCAACAAAGAAGUCUUCAGAGCAGGACAGGAGGACACAUUCACCUUAACUUGCAUAGAGCUGGGUAAUCUGCAGAAGGUUAUCAUAGGUCAUGACUGUGUAGGUAGAGGUCAAGGUUGGUACUGCGAAUAUGUCAAUGUCAAGGUUGCUGAAGAAACUGACACAGUCUUCCCAUGUAACAGAUGGUUGGACACAGGUUGUGAUGACAGGAAACUUACAGCAGAGUUAUUGCCCCUUAGCAAGCUACCUCUAACUGCAACAGUGCCAACAAGAUACACUCAGUCAGAUGGAGAAUGGAACAUCCAUGUAACAACAGCGGGUCUAGACAGACUGCCCAUGUUAAAGCCGGGUACCAAGGCAGGAGAGGUUUCUAUUGUUGUAUAUGGAACAGAGUCUGUGAAGGGUCCUAUACAGCUUGUACAUGAAGAUCCUGAUAGCCCUGUUGCUCUACUUGCACCGGGCAAAACUGAACACUUUUACGAUUAUGAAUUUAAAGAUCUAGGUGAAAUUGAGAAGAUACGAGUGUCGUCUGGAUAUGAAGGGGACACUGAAGCUGUCUGGACAAUAGAAAAGAUUGUCCUUGAAGAACAUAGUUCACAUGAGUCAUUGACAUUCAAUUUUGGAGCAUGGGUCGGUGAAGUUGGAGGAGAUAUACGCAAAGAAAUGCCACUAGUCAAACCAGAUAAAUCUAACAGGGAGAUUGUAAAGUAUUACAUUGAAGUGUAUACGAGUGAAGAGGAGAUGAAUGGGUCAACUAAUGCCAAUGUUUUUGUAACUUUGUAUGGAUACAACUCAGACUCUGGCAGACGACAUCUUAUGCACAGCAAAAAUACAGAAAAAAGAUUCCAGACUGGCCAGGUUGAUAAAUUUGAAGUGGAAGCUGUUGACCUUGGUAACCUUGAGAAGAUUGUGGUUGCUAAGGGACCAGGGAAACCAUGGUUACUGGAGAAAAUCGUUGUCAAGAGAGGACAGUUUGCCUCAGAAGAACAUGUGUUCAUGUUCCAAGAAUGGAUUGGUGAUAAAUCCAGACAAGAAGAAGAGAUAGAAGAAACACUGAAACCUACAGCAGUUCUACCCAGUGCAGUAUCCAUUCCUAUAGAAGAGGCAACUGAUCUCGAACCUUCUCAUGGUUCCUGGGAAAUAGAGAGUGUAACUGGAGGACGCCGGGGACCAGAUGGACCUCUGGAUCUAGUGGUUGUUUUCUGCGGACAGAACACAGAGAGUAAGCCUCUACCAUUACAGUCAAACAAGGACAAUCCAUUCCAGAUUGGACUUACAGAUAACUUCAAGGUUCAGUACACAGAAAAGAUUGGAGAGUUGAGGAAAGUAAGACUUGGUUUUGUGGAUCAGUCUGUCGUCAAGGCUUGGUAUGUCAGGAAGCUGACAUUUGAAGACACAGAUUCACAUGAUAUGUUCUGGGUGGAUCUCAAUGACUGGGUGGCCAUUGACCAGAAACUGGAUGGUUGGAAGGAAUUUCCCGUCCCCUGGCCGGCAGUACAUAUACCACCUGUGGUGGUAUACCUGAUAACCAUACAGUUAGGUCAUGUGAAUCCAGACUCUGCCGGAAAUGAGGUAUAUAUCUACAUGUAUGGUGACCAGGGAGGAACAGGAAAGAGACUUCUUAAACAAUCCACAACAAACACAGAUAAAUUCAAGGAAAACCAGGUUGAUGUGUUUGAAGUGGAAGCAGUGCAGCUUGGAGAAUUGGUAAAGAUAGUCAUUGGCCAUAACAAUACAGAGAAAGGUGGUGGAUGGUAUCUAGAGAGUGUUAUAGUUCAGGAAUCAAAAGAUGCUGACAAAUUUAUGUUUCCUUGCAAUAGAUGGUUUGAUACAGGCGAAGUAGAGGGCCUGAUAGAGCAUACAUUGUUGCCUGAUAGUACUGCUGAAAACACCAACAACAAUGCUGCUCAAGGUGAAGAGGUCCCUGAGGUGAUAGUGCCAUUAGUUUCUACUAAACCACCUACACCAGAAAGAGAACCAACUCCUGCAAGGGAACCUACUCCUGAAAGGGAAACUAUACCUCAAAGGGAACCAACGCCUCCAAGAGAGCCUACACCAGUUAGAGAACCAACUCCUGAAAGGGAACCAACUCCACCAAGGGAACCAACUCCUGCAAGGGAACCAACACCUGUCAGGGAACCAACUCCUGUCAGGGAACCAACACCUGCCAGGGAACCAACUCCAGAAGUUGAAGCACAGCAGGUAGAGCCUGUCAAGGAACCAACCCCUCCUCCACAAGGAGCAAAGUACAGUAUAACAACAACUACUGGUGGAGAUGCGGGUGAAGGGACAAACAGUGCCAUUGUUGUUGUGUUGUAUGGGGACAAAGGGCAAUCCAAGCCUUACCUGGUAGGGGAGGAGCCAGACUUCAGGUUCAAUAUGGGAAUGACAGACAAUUUUGAAAUACUGGUGACAGAAGAGAUUGGGGAUGUGUAUAAAGUCAGGCUUGGUUUCCACAAUGAAGAGAAUAACCAAAAUUGGUACACGUCUAUAGAUGAUACCCCUUCAUGGUUCCUUGAAAAGCUCACAAUCAGGAAUGAGGUAGAUAUGAAGGUUUAUGAGUUUGAAGCUGGUAUCUGGGUGAGAAUGGAUGAAUAUCAGGACUUCUGGAGAGAGUUACCUGUCAAAAAGGAGGAGGAGCUAGAUGUGUAUCAGUACCAUGUAAGUGUGUUCACUGGGGAUGAGUCUAAGUCCGGGACGGAUGCCAAUGUAUACCUUCAGAUCUUCGGAGAAUGUGGAGAUACUGGAUACCGCAGACUGAUGUCAUCCAGAACUCACACUAACAAAUUUGAACAAGGAAAUAAAGAUGUAUUUAACAUUGGAGCUGUUGACCUUGGUAAACUGACCAAGAUAAAGAUCAAACAUGAUGGGUCUGGUCCAGGAUCAGGAUGGCUCCUAGAUCGUGUUGUAAUUAAGGAAUCUGAAGAAACCACUAUACGCUACAUCUUUAGAUAUGAAAGGUGGUUAGAUGAAGGAGAUGGUGAGAAUGGUAUAGAACAGACACUCAUGUUGUCAGAGAUACUUGUGAGUGAUGAAGAGGAGGCGCAACAAGAAGAUCUGCCAGGUUAUCCAUGGAGGGUAGAGACAAUAACUGGUGGAGAAGCUUCAGCAGGUACUCAGUGUCCAGUAGAACUUGUGCUUUAUCAGGAAAAUGGAAAAUGUGAGACUGUUGUUAUUGGAGAGAGACAAGGUUUCCAGUUCAAACCAGGUGCUUCGGAUAUAUUCAAUGUAAGGGUGAUGGAAGAAUUGGGUGACUUGUACAAAGUGCGUGUUGGUUUCCAUGGUGCUGAUUCAGACAAAGACUGGUUAUAUGACUACUCACAAAGUCCUUCUUGGUGUCUAGAUCAGCUAAGAUUGACAGAUGAGUCUAAGGACAGGGCUUAUGAAGUUACUUCAUCUAUUUGGUUAAAGAUGGAUGCAUACCAGGACUUCUGGAGGGAACAGCCUAUAAAACAGGCAGAUGGCCGAACUGCAGAAUUAUACCAGUAUCUUGUUGAAAUUUACACUGGUGCUCAGUCAAAGGCAGGAACCGACGCAGAUGUUUACCUCUGUAUCCAUGGCAACAAGGGAGACACUGGUCUUAGACGUCUUAUGGCUUCGAAAACAAAUACUAACAAGUUUGAACAGGGAAAUUGUGAUGCUUUUGAAUUAAAUGCUGUUGACCUUGGUGAUUUGACAAGGGUCAAGGUCAGCCAUGAUGGUGCUGGACUGGGGUCAGGUUGGUUCUUGGAGAAGAUCAUUAUCAAGACAACAGAAGAUAGUCAGACUAGAUAUGUGUUCAAAUGUAAUAACUGGUUGGAUGUUGGUGAAGGGGAGACUCAUGUAUCCCAGGAGUUCCCUCUCACGGAGAUCCUGGAAGGGGCAGAUGAACAACAAGAGGAAAUUUUAUCAGGGAAGCCGUGGACAGUAUGGAGUGUAACUGGUGCUGAUGUUGGGGAAGGAACAGAUAACCCCAUAGAGCUGAUCCUGUAUGGGGACAAGGGUCACAGUCAGCCUGUUAUCAUAGGAGGAGACAGUGACUUCAGGUUCAACAAGGGACAGGUUGAUGUAUUUGAGGUACGAGUUGAGGGAGAAGUUGGACAGCUGUAUAAAGUGAGGGUUGGUUUCCAUGGCAACAAGUAUGAUGUACCAUGGUAUAGUAAUUACCAUUUGGCUCCUAGCUGGUUCCUGGAAAGUUUAAAGCUGAAAGAUGAAACUGUUGGAAUGGAGUAUGAAAUGGAGGCUGGUGUAUCAGUGCAAGCAGAGAAGUACAUGGAUUUCUGGAGAGAAAUUCCAGUGGCCAAAACUGAAAAUAAACUUAGUGUAUACAUGUACCAGGUGGAGAUAUACACGGGAGAACAGUUCAAGGCUGGGACAGAUGCUAAUGUCAGUAUCCAGAUACAUGGAGAAAGGGGUGAUACUGGUCUAAGAAGGCUUAUGGACUCAAAGACAAACUCUAAUAAGUUUGAAGGAGGAGAGAAAGAUGUCUUUGAUCUUCCUGCUGUUGAACUUGGACAGCUUAUUAAGGUCAAGGUCACUCAUGAUGGAUCAGGAGCAGGUUCUGGCUGGUUAUUGGACAAGGUUAUAGUCAAGGAGAAGGAAGAUUCAAGCAUUCAGUAUGUAUUUGAAUGUGGUCGUUGGUUGGAUGAAGGUAGCGGAGAGUCUGAUGUCGAGGUAACACUUCCACUAACAGAUGUUGUGGAAAUUGCACCACUAACACAGGAAGAGGAACCUGAUACUAAAACCUAUAAAGAUGGUGACUGGAAGGUGUAUGUAAAAACAAGUGAUGAGGCAGACAGUGGGACAGACUCAAAUGUGACCAUCACAGUCUAUGGAGAUGCUGACAACACAGGACCCAUUGUACUUGGCUCUGCGGGUGUUGGAUACUUCUAUUCAGGAAAAACUGACGUGUUUGAUUUGCUCCUUGAUCGUGAGGUGAUUGGCCAAAUACGCAAAAUUAGACUAGAACAUGACAACUCUGGAAAACCAUGGCAGGUGGACAAGGUUGUGUUGAUGAACAUGGUUGACAAGACACAGAUAGAAUUUGCAAUAAACAAGUGGUUAACAUUGGACAAGCCAGGGUUUGAUAUCGCUGUAGAAGUUCCUACAGAGGGAAAAGAUUGGCCAGUUCGAGAGUACAUGGUACAGACAUUGACUGGUGAUGGUUUUGGCUCAGGGACAGAUGCCAGAGUAUAUAUAAAUUUGAUUGGCACACUUGGUGACACAGGGAAACGAUUUCUUGUUCACAGUCUAGAGACAACAGAAGAAAAGUUUGAAUCUGGACAAACAGACACAUUUUUGAUCCAAGCCGUAGACUUAGGUCGUCUGAUGCAAGUCCAGAUAGGUCAUGAUGGAAAAGGACCUGGCUCUGGCUGGUACCUGAAAACUGUAACAGUCAAGGAGACUUUUGAUGCAGAUGAGAAAUAUGUCUUUACCUGUGAAAAUUGGUUACACAGUGACAAGGAUGACGGUCAGACAGAAAGGUUAUUGUCUCUUGACUAUGUAGACAAAGAAUCAGCAGGUGGUGAUGGGAAAAUUGAAAACAUGGAUGAAGGUGGUACAAAUGACAAUGAUCAAACUCAGCAAAAAGGUGACAAUGAAGGUGAAAUUACUGCACAAACUGAAGAGAAAGAUGAUGCUAAGUUAGAAGUUGCAAGUAAAGAUGGAACUGGGAGUGCUGAAAAGGACAGCAAAGUUGAACAAGUGUCUGAUGAACCAGAUGAUGGAAGGAAAAGGGCCAGUGGUGUAGACGAUAGUAAGAAAGAUGAAAAUGACCACGAAGAAGCAAGAGGUGAAGAUGGAACAGAUAAUAAGUCUGAUGAUAAAACUGGGAAAGAAGAUAAUGGAGAGAUAAAACAGGAUGAUAAAGAAAGUGCAGAAAACAAUAAAGAUGAAACUAAACUUCCUGAAGAUACAGGGAAUCAGAAACCAUCAGAAAAUGAACCUGAAGACAAACAAAGUCCUGGUGAUACUGCAGAAAACCUGGAUAAAGACAAGGCAGAGGAAAGACAGAAGACCCCUGUAUCAAGAGAAGGGAGUCAUACGUACAGAGUUGGACAACAAAAAGAAUAAUUGCACUUAUGUUGAAUGUAAGAACUAAUGGUAAAACUUCUGUAGACGUUCGUAUAAGCUGUGGUAAGAGAAGUAUUAAAUAUGGUAUAAAUACCAAAGAAAUAGCUUUAAUAUAAAAUUUGCAAAAUUCUGAUGGAAGUUGGUGGUUAGUUUGUGGAGGAAUUUCCAAAAACUGUUAAGCAGAAUAGAUAUCAGAAUAUAGCACAAAGUGCUAAUGCCAAAGAUUUCUGUAUAUAGAUGUUAUAAAUUAACAUUGAACUUGCCAAUGUUUUAGAAUAAUUCUUUUUAAAGUAAAUGUUAGUUUGUAUCAAAACAUAAUUUUUGUUUACUAACAUUGUGAUAAGGGACUGUGAUAUCAUUGUACAUGUUUAUACAAAUGUUAAAAAAUGUGAUUUUAACAAAAAUGUUUCAUGUGAUAUAAACUUAUUUGUAUAAAUCUUUCUAAUGAAUGAAGAGUAGAAGUAGAACAUGACAAAAUUUUAAAUUACUAUUUUAUUAUUUUUCUUAAAGCAUCUAGUUCUGACAUGUUAGGGGAAUUUAUUUUUUCUCUCAAAAUAUGUAAAAUGCGGAUGCUCUGCAAGUUACUAUUGGUACAAACUUACUGAUAUAUAAUUGUUGUAGUAUAUCAUAAUAAACAACAAUAAACAUUGUCCAGAAGGGAGUCAAGUGUUGCAGUGCUUUUGAAAUAAUGGAGAAAAUCAACAUUCUUCUUACCUUUUUACCAAUAUGUAACACUUAUUUUCACUUACUUUUGUCAAUUUUCAGUGUCAUUUAUUCAUUCUAUGCCAGUCUUGGCUGAAAUGAACAUGCUGAAAAAUUUCACCCCAACUGUGGGAAAGUAGCUUUAAAAGGAAAUAAUAUCAAUAUUUUCAGCUCAUUUUUAGGAACAUAGAAUGUCUGUUGUCCAUCCAUCCAUCAUCCACAAUUUCUUUAAAUAAUAUCUCCUUAACCACUGUGCCAAAUUUAACCAAACUUCAUAGCAAUGUUCCUUUGGUGGUCCACUUUCAUAUUUUAUCAAAUCUAGGUCAUCCAUGCAGAAUUUUGGUUGCCAUUUGCCAUGAUAACCAUGAGGGAAAAUUUUACAAAUAUUUUAUACAGAAACCCCUGGCCCAAAAUUGAAAUACUUUCACAAAAAUGUUUCUUGGAUGACUUUCUACCAGGUUCCUUCAAAUUUUUCUGUUUCAUUGAAAAACAGGGCCACCAGGGGGCAGCACUAGUUUCCCUAUAUGGCUGUAUGGAAAAUUUUGAAAAACUUCUCUGAAACUACUGGCCCAAUUCAAAAUAAUUUCACAGCAAUGUUCUUUAAGUAACCCUCUACCAAAUUCCUUCAAAUAAAUCUUUUUCAUUCAAAAAUGAUCAAAAGGGGGCUAGUUUUCCCUCGAUGGCCUUAUGAAAAACUUUGAAACACAUCUUCCCUGAAACUGCCAUCAGCUUGGUUUACUCUAUAUUAAAUUCCUCCAAGCUCCUGUCCACAUUACCCCAAACUCCUCCCCACCCCACUUCAACCAAAAUUAUUUUGUAUAUUUUCAGUUUCUUGAUAUUGUCUUUUAGUAUCAUAUCAUCCCCCUAAUCAUUUACCCCCACCACCCCCUAUCCUAUAUAUACUCCACAACAAAUAAUUUCACAGAUAUUUUCCUUGCAUGACCAUCUUCUAAACUCUUCAAGCAAGCUGUGAAACUCUGGUGAGCAAAGUAGUGCAGUAUCAUGGCCCUCUUGUUAUUAUUUGGAGAUAUACUUUCUAAGGCUUGAUUAAGAUAGCUAAGAAAUAUACUUUUUAGGGCUUAAUAUAUGAAAUAUACAUACAUGUAUUCUACCUACAAUAUUUGUGAUAUAGCAUGUGAUAUAGCAUACUUCAUCCAUCCACCUUAUUUAUUUGUUCAUACACACACAUUUAUCAUUGCAAUUUUCAUUUAAAUAUUGGCAGCUGACAAUAUUUUGUAAAUUUUUAGGGUAUGUGGUUAUAAAGAUGGGAGGUAACUUAGCCAUUGGUCAAUUUUAAAUGUAUGGACAGAAACAUCCAGUUGGAUGCCUAUGCUCUAAGAUUCUUAACUUAAAAUUAUAACUUUCAAAGUCCCAGAUCUGCAGCAUCUUCAUGUAGCUUUCUUUAUUUUUAGUAUGAUUACAUUUUCUGUAGAUAAAUUUUAUCUGUUUUGCUUAUUAGAUUAAUAUUAUACCUUUAUGUUCCUUUUUUAAGGCCUCACCACCCAUUAAAAUUUUUGGUGGAAGCCUAAUUUGCAUUUCUUUUUAAUAUCCAAACAAGUGGUCCUGUAUACCAGUUUUAAUUAUUCCCAAGAUUACCAACAAGUUUAGUAUCAGAGUUAUGUUUUUGGCAGAGUUGAUAUCUGAGAGGGUGGUGGCCUGUCUUUGUUAUUUCAUGUGGUACAUGCAUUUUCUAUGUAAUGGCAUUGUGUGAUAUGUAAAGAGAAAUCAGGGGAAAUACAUGUUACAGUAACAGCAGGUUUGUUUGUUGCUGCUGGGGUUCUUUUUCCAGGAUAAUUAUGUCUUGGGGGUUUUAUGUGCUGGUUGGUACUACUACACAGUUCAAAUACUGAUAAAAUGUAAAUGUUUGGACACAUCUGUCUGUGCUGUUUGAUGAGCUAUUAGAUACUGGUAUAUCAGCAAAGACAUCAAAUGAUGCACUAUUCUUAAUGUCCUAGACUGAGAGCAGUUGCAUGCAUUGUAAAGAUGUUAUGUUACCUUGAUUACAAUCCCUUGUUCUUUUUGUUGUUUAAGUUUUUUGUUUUGAGUACCAUACAAGUUGUAACAGCUUUAAGAAGAACUAUCACAAUUAAUUUAGUGAAGAGAUUUUGAGGACAAAAGAAACUGUAUAUCCAGUCAAACCUGUCUAAAUUGGGAAAUGUAAAGUGGACUUUUCUUGAUAGAUGGUCUAUACAGGUAAACUUACACUGUUUAUGGUUAAACAGGAAGAGAAAAUUGUGGCAUUUGUAUGCAGGUUUUAUAGUAGUAACCAUUAUUUGGAGAUGGUCCUAAGCACAAGUUUGACUGUACUUGGUUAGCCAAAAAGGUUCACUUGCAUACCUUGAAAACAGUUUUUUGCUGACUUUAAUAGAAGCAUAAAAAGUACAAUGUAUUAAAAUUUCUAGAGGACUUAGAAUAUGGUUGUAGUUUGGUCUGGUAAAGAACUUGUGAUUGGAAAACUGGUGUUUUUCUCAGUUGUUUACUUUCUUUUCCCCCUCAGUUUCUGUUUGUUUAAAUGUUGCUGUCUGUAUUGUCUACUGUUCAUGUUAUUUUCUAGAAGUUGUAAGAAAGGUUUUAAAAAUGGAAUCAGAAGAACAAUAUCCCAGAUUUUUUUAAAAUGGUUAGAUUUGAUACUGUUAUUUACAAUGUGUUUAUUACAGUAGAUAGAAUGAAUGUUUUUAUAGGAUUCUAUCAGCAUUUUUUUCUGUUAAUUUUUUUUGUGGGUGAAAAUGUAUUUUCAUCAUCAAUAAGAAAUAUGUAUUUUUUUAGUAAAUUUUAUCAGUUGGUUGUAUAAAAAGAUGUCAGCACUUGUAUUUUAGUCACUUUUCAUUGGGUAUUACUGUAGAUAUUUUAAUUGUUUUAGUUUCAUGUUGUCAGUAACAUUAAUAUUUUACAUAAAAGAGCAGAUGGAACAGGAGAAUGAUUUCAUGACCUAGUCAGGUUUCCAGAAGUCAACUUGCCAGCAAAAUUUGUUUAUAGUGACAUCUUCUAAUUUCCCCUUUUCUGAAAUUGAAUCACAACAGCACCAACUACAUGUAUUGUUAUACCUCAGGGUCAGAACAUAAACCAAUUUCUGUGUGACAUUUUAUUCAUUGAGAAAUUAUUGAUAAAUUUGCCGUAAUUGAGUAUUUUUUCUUGGGAUUAAAAAGUAUGUCUGCUAAAAAUGUUGAGAUUUUUUGUUUUGUUAUAACACACAUGUACGUUUCAAAUUUGUGUCCUUAACAUUUAGGUUAAUUCAUUUCUCUCUGUAAUAUAAAAGUUUUGUUCAGAUUGUUGUAACAGUAAAAAUAAUUAUAGCCAUUUUAAAGAAUAAAAAUAGAUUUUUGGGUCGGGGCUUUGCUCUGACUUAAUGGAAUUAUAGACGGUAAAUUUUAUAAAUUUAUUUGGUACACACAAAAUUUAUCACAAUUGAUGGGCCAUACAAGAGAAAUUUUAACAGAUUAACAGCUGUUUAUAUAAUUAUACUCAAAUAUUGAUUAACAGCUGUUCCAUAUAUUAUUUCAAGAUCUUAUCUGUCAUGUAUCCAUUUUCAUACCAUGCUUGGUCCAUGUGUUGUUCCUUUAUUGUUGAAUUGAAAGCUCUUUGUUGAAAACCUUUUUUUUGGCAUUUUACAGAUCAUUUAAGGAAUGUGAGUUCAUUUCAUAAAUACAUUUGAACCGCACAAUGAGAAAACCAACAUAGUGGGUUUGCGACCAGCCUGGAUCCAGACCAGCCUGCGCAUCCGCGCAGUCUGGUCAGGAUCCAUGCUGUUCGCUAACAGUUUCUCUAAUUGCAAUAGGCUUUGAAAGCGAACAGCAUGGAUCCUGACCAGACUGCGCGGAUGCGCAGGCUGGUCUGGAUCCUUGCUGGUCGCAAACCCACUAUGUUGGUUUUCUCAUGGCACGGCUCAUUUGAACUUUGGGACAAACUAUAGUUUAAAACGAAAAAAGCAUUGUUGUACAGAACAUAAAAAUACAUGUAAAAAGAUUGAUUGUACACACAUUUUUAUCAUAAUUUAAUCUGAAACAAACUAUCUAAAUAUAUUGAAGUUUUUUUUAAAAUUUAUUUUCAUACCACUGAUAGGUAAUUAUAGAUUUGACUUUUGAACAAGGAAAAAUAGCUCACAUUUUAGAUAUACCCCUGUAGUUCAGCCUUUGUUUUUAGUCUAUAUUAAAACUUUAAGUGCAGAUUUGGUCUGUAUCAUAUGCAGUUUUCCUAGGAAAAAUUCACUAAUUAUUUUGAAGAUCCUGCUGUAUCACAACUGUUGCUUUAUUACUUCCAGACAGAAUAAAUAAUUGUUAUAUGUAUA